UAAAAACUCGUUUCUUUCAUGGCAUCAUCUCUUCCUCAAUUCUACACGGACUUCACAUUUUCUGGCGAGACUUCUUCCCAGUUUCACGGCUCUUCGUCAUGUCCUGAUGUCUCAGCUCUAGCCAAUUACUUCAAUAACAGUUACGGCUCAUUCAACACAUCUUCUAACCCAGAAUCCACAUUUUCCCCUCGAGUUUUUGAGACUUCUGACGUUUUUGUGCCGGAGUACAAUAAUUAUUACCAGCAAAUGGGUGUGAACAACACACAAUAUUUUCAUGGUGGUGAUCAAGACUACUACGGCUUUUCACCUGAGAUCAAGCCCUUUGGAGAGCAAUCUUGGGGAAAUAGUGAAGGAGUGAUACAAGCUGAGCAGAACACAAAAGUGGGACGGUAUACAGUUGAAGAACGUAAAGACAGAAUCAUAAGGUACUUGAAAAAGAAGGAGCAGCGCAACUUCAAUAAGACCAUCAAGUAUGUAUGUCGUAAAACCCUAGCUGACCGGCGUGUUCGUGUCCGAGGACGAUUUGCUAGAAACAAUGACACAUGUGAACAACAAUCUCACAUGUCUAAGAAUCACAACAACAAUCCUGAAAAAGAAGAAAAUAUGUUUUCUGGAUCAGAGGACUAUCUAAUCCAGAUGGAAAACGACGAUGGAUGGCUUCACGAAGCAAUGUCUAAUCUGAUUUCUUUUCCUUGUGAACUGGACGCUCCUGGAGAUGAUCAUAAUCCAAGCACAUGGAGCUUUUGAUCCUACUACUUCCGAAUCGAUUAAUUAAUGUCACUAGCUAUAAAAUUUGAUCGAUUAGUUAGUAUAAUUAUGAGUAGCAUAGUUAUUUUAUGAUAGUAUCUAUUAUCAUGAUGUACUUGAUUAUUCAUGGGGUUUGAACAUGAAGAUUCU